ACCCUAUCCACUAUCUACAUAUCUAUACACGUGACUGAUGAUAUUCGCAAUGGAUGUUACCGCAAUUUUGCGGGGUCCUUCGCCAAGCUCAAAUGGUACAUAGUACAUCGUUCCAAGGUUCCUGCGCUAGUAAUCCCUGCAAAAAAGUUUAGACGACUUGCUGCCUCUAAAUCUUUCUAUUCGACUUUUCGAAGUUAUUCAAGUUAUUCUUAACAGAACUCAUCGUUAAGAGCUGAUACCAUAAUCAAGGAACUUUUAGCAUAUUGCCACAACUACAAUUGCCUUCUAUUAAAAUGUUUGCGGUGCCAGGUUGGUCCGUGUCUGCGGACGGUCUCAAACCCGAGACCACCACAGUGGCUCCAAAAGCGGCUCAAGAUGAAUCUCAGCAGUCAAACAAGCGCAAGAGGCCCUCAUCCACACCAGGAAAUGUCAACUCGUCCAAUGUUGCAGAUCUCUGGGAACGAGUUAUCGAGGGAAGGUCGGGGAAGAAGGCCAAACCUGAUAAUGACCAGAGUGGUGAAACCCCAGAAGGCAGGCCCAGAUAUGGCAAGAAGAUGACUUUAAAAGAGAAGAAGAAACUGAAGAAGUUAAGAGAGAAGGAAGCGAGCCAAAAUAGCGUGGAGGGCGCCGAGCCGGUUACUGGAAAUGACAACAAGCCAACCUUGGAGUCACCUGAUGCUACAAUAGGCAAGGAGGCAAAGAAGGACAAGAAAAGGAAAUCCAAAGACGAAAAGGAAAGCGGCGACAGCAAAAAGCCCAGUGAAAAGGACAGCAGCAAAGUCUCUGCCCCCGCCGCCGCCGCAGCACCGAAACUAACGCCCAUGCAAGCCGCAAUGAGGGAGAAGCUCGUGUCCGCGCGGUUCCGCCACCUCAACGAAACGCUAUACACCAAGCCCUCAGCCGACGCCUUCCAGCUGUUCCAAGACUCGCCCGAGAUGUUCCAGGAGUACCACGAGGGGUUCCGGCGCCAGGUCGACGUCUGGCCCGAGAACCCGGUCGAGGGGUACAUCAAGGACAUCAAGCUGCGGGGGCGGCAGAAGCCUCCCCAGCGCUCCUCCAAGCACGGACACUCUGCUCCCCCCACGCCUAGCUCCUCCGGCGUGGCGGCCCUGCCGCGCACCAACGGCGUGUGCACGAUUGCGGAUCUGGGCUGCGGAGACGCUAAGCUCGCCGAGGCUCUACAGCCCGAGAAGAAGAAGCUGCGACUUGAGAUCCUCAGCUACGACCUGCAGAGCCCGAGCCCGCUGGUCACACGCGCCGAUAUCGCGAACUUGCCGCUUGCCGACGGUGCCGCCGACGUUGUUAUCUUCUGCCUCGCGCUUAUGGGCACUAACUGGCUCGACUUCGUGGAGGAGGCCUAUCGUAUCUUGCACUGGAAGGGCGAGCUGUGGGUUGCUGAGAUCAAAAGCCGGUUCGGGCUCGUGGGUAAGGGCAAGGGUAAGAACGGGGCCCCAGUUACUCACAGCGUGGGGAAUAGGAGAAAGACCCAGGGGAAGAAGGGGAAGGGACGGGAUGCGGAGGGGCCUGAGGGACAAGAGGAUGAGACGGCGCUGGCUGUCGAGGUGGAUGGCGCGGAUGACAAGCGUGAAGAAACUGACGUUUCUGCGUUCGUCGAGGCAUUACGGAAGAGGGGUUUCGUUCUGCAGGGUGCAGCCGACUUAAGGAAUAAGAUGUUCGUCAAGAUGCACUUUAUCAAGGCAGCAUCGCCGACCGUUGGCAAGGGCGCUGUUGCUUCCAAGGAACCUACACGCGGCUCCGGGCCCAAAAAGAGCGGCGUCAAGUUCAUCGACACAGAAGGAGACCAAGCUACAGUGGAUGAGAGCUCUAUUUUAAAACCCUGCGUCUAUAAGCUGCGGUAAAAGGGGCGAGCUAUCUGUUAUCCGUACACGUGCUAUCCAUUACCUACGCACAUCAGGCAGAACUGUAACUUUCUAAUCCAUAAUAGACCUUGAUUCGAAGUGCGCCCUAUUAAUUUGCUCCAACUUUGGCAAAAGCACAUGCCGUGCUUGACGAACCUCUCUAAUGCCUUCGGGCUGCGCGCACGUAAGAAUUCCUAUUAUCAAUGCCCCAUGCUGCGCCCUAGAUCUACCUGCUAUAUCGAGUAGUUGUCACGCUAUGCUGUUGCUGUUGCUCUUGUUACUGCUGCGUUCUUCGAUUAUGUGUACUGCGUCGUAAAGUGCAAGUGGGAGAUUCGGGUUUAUUAGUUGUUGAAGAGGAGGGACGCGGCGAAUUCGACAUUGCCACCUGUAGCUUCCAAAGCAUUAAUAGCGGCCUGCCUGUCCCAACCAAGCGCCACCAGUGUGUUGAUGUCGUUUUCGGGGAACGUUCUUUGAGGCUGGACCUGAGGUUGAACUGG